AUGGCUAGCAAGGUUUACAAUGUCGGAAUUGUCGGCUACGGCUUCAGUGCAAAGAUCUUCCACAUUCCCUUCGUGAAGGAAGUCCCAGAGCUCAACAUUUACGCAAUUGUCCAGCGCACCCCGAAGCAGGAUGAUGAUGCUGAGAAGGAUCUCCCCGGUGUGAAGUCUUUCCGUACCACUGAGGAGAUGGUCCAGGACCCCGCGAUUGAUGUGGUGAUCAUCACUACUGCCCCCGAUUCUCACUUCGCUUUGACCAAGCUGGCACUGGAGGCCGGCAAGCACGUCGUUUGCGAGAAGCCCUUCACCCCCACCACACAGGAGGCCGAUGACCUCGUCGCCAUUGCGAAGAAGAACAACAAGCAACUCGCUGUAUUCCAAAACCGCCGCUGGGAUGCCGAUUUUGUGACCCUCUCCAAGCUUAUCAAGAACGGCUCGCUCGGCCGCAUCUCUGAGUUCGAGACUCACUUCGACCGCCACCGUCCUGAGGAGCCCGCUGCGGACUCUCACAAGUGGAAGAACAAGGUCAUGCCCGGUGGAUCUGCGAUCUACGAUCUUGGAACCCACCUUUUGGACCAGGCCGUGCACCUGUUCGGUCUCCCGAAGCGGGUAACUGGAAUCGUUGGCUCCGCUCGCGAGGUCAACUCCUCCGGAUAUGAGAACGCCUUCACCGUUCUCCUGCACUAUGCCAACGGCACUAUGGUCACUGCCAAGUCGACCGUGGUCAGCCCCGAGGAUGAGCAGCUGCGCUUCUGGGUGCGUGGUGACAAGGGUAGCUUCAAGAAGUAUCACCUUGAUAUCCAGGAAGACCAGCUCAAGGAAGGCAUUAUGCCUCAGGAUAAGGGUUACGGUUGCGAGCCCAGCGAGCGCUACGGCACUCUCACUACCAUCCAAAACGGCAAAGCCGUCAAGGAGGUCGUUCCCACCGUGGAGCCCCCCACCUACACCGAGUACUACCGCAAGCUUGUCCGUGCUCUCAAUGGCGAGGGCGAUCUUCCUGCGAGCGGCGAAGAGGCUCGCGAGGUCAUUCGUUUGGUCGAGCUGGCUCGUGAGAGUUCCCAGACUGGACGUACUUUGGAUGUUUAA